CAGAAGUACGACCCGCAGCGGGAGCGGGAGCUGCGUGCCUGGAUCGAGGGGACCACUGGCCGCCGCGUGGGGGACAGCUUCAUGGACGGCCUCAAGGACGGCGUCAUCCUCUGCGAGCUCAUCAACAAGCUGCAGCCCGGCUCCGUGCAGAAAGUGAAUGAACCCGUCCAGAACUGGCACAAGCUGGAGAACAUUGGGAACUUCCUGCGGGCCAUCACGCGCUACGGGGUGAAGCCCCACGACAUCUUCGAGGCCAACGACCUCUUCGAGAACACCAACCACACACAGGUCCAGUCCACCCUCAUCGCCCUUGCCAGCCAGGCCAAGACGAAGGGGAACAACGUGGGGCUGGGGGUGAAGUAUGCAGAGAAGCAGCAGCGGCGCUUCCACCCCGAGAAGCUGCGCGAGGGCAGGAACAUCAUCGGCCUCCAGAUGGGCACCAACAAGUUCGCCAGCCAGCAGGGCAUGACAGCGUAUGGGACGCGGCGGCAUCUCUAUGACCCCAAGCUGGAGACGGACCAUCCCCUGGACCAGGCUACUAUCAGUCUCCAGAUGGGCACCAACAAGGGUGCCAGCCAGGCGGGGAUGACGGCACCGGGGACAAAGCGCCAGAUCUUUGAGCCAUCGCUGGGCAUGGAGCACUGCGACACAAUGACCAUCGGGCUGCAGAUGGGCAGCAACAAGGGAGCCUCACAGCAGGGAAUGACAGUCUACGGGCUCCCACGCCAGGUCUACGACCCCAAGUACUGCGGCGGCCCCGACCUGCUGGGCCAGGACGGCCUCGACGGCCUCUACAAC